CAUUCAUACUCACUCCGAUCCCAAUUUCAUUUUCGUAUUGAGUUAGCUAGUUCAAGUAAUCUGAUAUCACAAUCCUCGGCUUCUUAAUUCUCUAUCAACAUGAAGAGCUGCUACCUGUUUCUGGCGGUUGUUUGUUCUCUCCUCGUCAUUGCCUCUGCUGGCAACUUCUACCAGGACUGUGACAUUACAUGGGGUGAUAGACAAGCAAAGAUCCUCAACAAUGGCCAACUCCUUACUCUGUCGCUCGACAAGACAUCCGGGUCUGGCUUUCGAACCAAGAAUGAGUAUCUCUUUGGCAAGAUUGACAUGCAGAUCAAGCUUGUUCCUGGGAACUCUGCUGGCACCGUCACUACCUACUAUUUAUCUUCUGAAGGGCCAACGCAUGAUGAGAUUGACUUUGAGUUCCUGGGCAACCUCAGUGGUGACCCUUACACUCUCCACACCAAUGUGUUCACGCAGGGCAAAGGCAACAGGGAGAUGCAGUUCAAGCUCUGGUUUGACCCCACCAUGGACUUCCACACCUAUUCCAUCCUCUGGAAUCCUAGACAUGUCAUCUUCAUGGUCGAUGGCACACCAAUUAGAGACUUCAAGAAUCUGGAAUCUAGAGGCAUUGCUUUUCCUAAGAAUCAACCCAUGAGGAUCUACUCCAGCCUCUGGAACGCUGAUGACUGGGCGACCAGAGGCGGCGCUGUCAAGACUGAUUGGUCGAAUGCACCGUUCGUGGCAUCAUACCGAAAAUUCAACGCCGACGCUUGUGUUCCAGCUAGUGGUGUCUCCAACUGUGCUUCUAAUGCAGCUUCCCACAACGGCGGGUGGUGGAACCAAGAGGUGGAUUCAACUGCCCAAGAGAGGAUGAAGUGGGUUCAACAGAAUUAUAUGAUCUACAACUACUGCAGUGACCUCAAGAGGUUCCCUCAGGGCCUGCCCCCAGAGUGUUCCAUUGCCUGAGAGAAAAUAUAUAGAGGACAACCGCUGUGAAUGUGAUUCUUUGAUUCAUUUUAAAUUUUUUAUAGCACGAGAGCAUGUAUUGUUGUUUUGUUUAUUGUCAAAUAAAAUAUGAUUUUUAUUUGAAA